UCUGUACGGGGAGAAAUGAAAAUAGCAAAAAAGCAGACAACCUCUCUCUCUCUCUCUCUCUCUCUCUCUCUCUCUCUCUGUGAAUCUGUGAACCAGUGAAUGUGGUGAAAUGGCUUCCGUCUUUGUGUUCCCCCCGAGCCUGAGAGCCUUGGAAGAAGAACAGGAAGACAACCGUAUCCGCGCCCAGAACCCGAUAGACAUCGCCGCUCUUCGUCCCUCCGAACUCGAAGAGUUCGUCAAAGGCACAUCUUUUGAUCUCUCUGAUAAAGAGCUAUUUUGUAUUGAAGAGCAAGAUGUGUUCGACCGUGUGUACUCACUGAUUCGGGGUUACAAUAUUCUACCCCCAUCUUGUAAAGUUAAUCUUCUAGAGAGUCUUCGGUCCAAUCUCAGUGUUCUCCUCCCAAAUGUUGAUUCACUCUCGCGGGUUUCUCAAGGCCAGGAUGAUGUCACUCAAAUGCCAGAUCGGGUUGCAUCACAUCGCAAUGCUUUUAAAAUCUACACGUUCUUUCUCCUUACUGUUGUUCUCAGUGAGGAGUCCAACAUCACUUCCAACAACAAUGUGAAGGUGUUACAUUUCUCUGUGACAGCUAGUACCAGGAAGAAGCAUCCUAAAAACACAUGGAAUUGGGAGCCACAAAGAGGUCGCAUACUUAAUUUGAUUGCUAAUUCAUUAGAGAUCAAGCUUUCCUUGCUCUUUGGCUCAUCAGGCCUGGAAGAAAAUUAUAUUUCUUUCAUUGCCAAAAAUGCAUUUUUGCUGUUUGAGAACGGCACACUUUUAAAAGACUCUGACACAAAAGAUGCUCUGUGCCGUAUAAUUGGGGCUUGUGCAACGAAAUACCAGUACAUGGCACAAUCAUGUGCAUCAAUCAUGCAUCUACUUCACAAAUAUGAUUUUGCUGCUACCCACAUUGCCGAUGCAGUGGCUAGGGCUGAGAAGAAGUAUGCUGACGGAAGUCUAGCCAGCUCUCUUAUCAGAGAGAUAGGGAGGACAAAUCCAAAAGAUUACAUCAAGGAUACUGUUGGGGCUGAAAAUGUUGGUCGGUUUUUGGUGGAACUUUCUGAUCGGCUGCCUAAACUGGUGUCUACCAACAUUGGCCUUCUUGUCCCACAUUUUGGUGGGGAAUCUUAUAAGAUAAGGAAUGCUCUUGCUGGUGUCUUGGGAAAGCUGGUUGCAAAGGCUUUUAAGGAUGUUGAAGGUGAAGUAAGUUCUAAAUGUGUUCGUCUUAGAACCAAGCAAGCCAUGUUGGAUAUUUUGCUUGAGCGGUGUCGAGAUGUUUCAGCAUAUACAAGGAGUCGUGUUCUUCAGGUUUGGGCUGAACUAUGCGAGGAACAUUCUGUUUCAAUUGGCUUGUGGAAUGAGCUUGCAGAAGUUGCUGCCGGGAGGUUGGAGGAUAAGAGUGCAAUGGUUAGAAAAUCUGCUCUAAAUCUACUUAUCAUGAUGUUGCAACAUAACCCAUUCGGCCCACAACUUCGAAUAGCUUCCUUUGAAGCAACCUUACAUCAGUACAAGAAAAAGCUGAAAGAGCUUGAUCCAGAUACCUCUUCAGAAGGUGAUAAGAAUAGGGUGCCAUCUGAUGAUAAUACCUCUGCGGAUAGUGAGGUUGAUGAUGCAAAUGCAGGUGUGAAUAAGGUGCAGCAGGAGAGUUUAUCUGAUAGUUGCUUGCCUCAUAUGGAAGAAAAUAUAGUUCAAAAGGAUGGCUCUGUGCCGGAUGUAGGUAACUUAGAGCAGACCAGGGCCUUGGUAGCAUCACUUGAGGCUGGGUUAAGAUUUUCAAAGGGUAUAUCUGCCACAAUCCCAACACUUGUUCAAUUGAUGGCAUCAUCUUCUGUCACUGAUGUUGAGAAUACAAUAAAUUUGCUGAUGAGGUGCAAACAGUUUCAAAUUGAUGCCUCAGAGGCAUGUCUUCAUAAGAUGUUGCCACUGGUAUUUUCUCAGGACAAAUCCAUCUAUGAAGCUGUUGAAAAUGCCUUCAUCACAAUUUACAUAAAGAAAAACCCAGUAGAAACAGCCAAGAAUCUUAUGAAUCUUGCGGUAGAAUCAAAUAUUGGCGAUCUAGCUGCUCUUGAGUUUAUAGUUUCUGCCUUGGUGUCCAAAGGUGAUAUAUCCACUGGUGUGAUAUCAGCCUUAUGGGAUUUCUUUUGCUUCAACAUAAGUGGAACUACUGCAGAGCAAAGCCGUGGUGCGUUGUCCGUCGUUUGCAUGGCUGCAAAAUCAUCCACCGCAGUUCUUGGCUCUCAUUUACAGGAUAUUAUUGAUAUUGGGUUUGGUCGUUGGGCUAAAAUGGAACCUCUGCUUGCUAGGACAGCGUGUAUUGCUCUUCAGAGAUUGUCCGUGGAAGAUAGGAAAAAAUUGUUGUCUAAUAAUGGACGGCGGGUUUUUGGUAUUUUAGAGAGUUUGGUUACUGGGUUUGGGCUUCCAGCAAACAUAUGGUAUGCUGCUGCUGAUAAAGCCAUAGCUGCUAUAUAUGCAAUUCAUCCAACCCCGGAAACUUUAGCUUCCAAUCUAGUGAAAAAAUCCCUGAGUUCUGUUUUUGAUUUUAGUGGAGGUGAGGAGUUGCAGGAUCAAAUCACUAGUGUUAGUACUGGCAUGCUUACCACUGUUCAGGUCGGAAAACUUAGUAGAUAUCUCUUUGUCGUAAGCCAUGUUGCCAUGAACCAACUGGUAUAUAUUGAAUCCUGCCUUAAGAAGGUUCAGAAACAAAAAAUUUGGAAAGAGAAGAUGGAUUCUGACCAGAAUGCUAACAACACCCCAAAGGAAAAUGGUAUCAAUGCUGAGCUUGGCCUUGCAGCCUCUGAAGAUGCAGUACUUGAUACACUCUCUGAAAAGGCAGAAAAAGAAAUAGUUGGUGGCGGUUCCACUGAAAAGAACUUGAUAGGACACUGUGCACCAUUCUUGUCAAAACUUUGUAGAAAUUUCAGUUUGAUGCAGAAGUACCCGGAGCUACAAGUGUCUGCAAUGCUUGCUUUAUGUCGGUUUAUGAUUAUUGAUGCAAGUUUCUGUGAUGCCAAUCUCCAGCUUCUCUUUACAGUUGUGGAGAGUGCACCAUCAGAAAUCGUUCGUUCUAAUUGUACUAUUAGUCUUGGAGACUUGGCAGUUCGGUUCCCCAAUCUGCUAGAACCAUGGACAGAGAAUAUGUAUUCCAGGUUAAAGGACGCUUCAGCUUCGGUUAGGAAGAAUGCUGUUCUGGUGCUCUCACACCUUAUACUAAAUGACAUGAUGAAGGUUAAAGGUUACAUAAAUGAAAUGGCUAUACGACUAGAAGAUGAGGAUGAGAGGAUUUCAAAUCUGGCUAAACUUUUUUUUAAUGAGUUAUCUAAGAAAGGGAGCAAUCCGAUAUAUAAUUUGCUUCCAGAUAUACUUGGAAAGUUAUCCAACCAGAAUUUGAAGAGAGAGUCUUUUUGCAACAUCAUGCAGUUUUUAAUUGGUUCCAUCAAGAAGGACAAACAAAUGGAAGCCCUUGUUGAAAAGCUUUGCAAUAGGUUUAGUGGAGAUACAGAUAUCAGACAAUGGGAAUGUAUUUCUUAUUGCCUCUCUCAGCUGGCAUUCACUGAAAAGGGAAUGAAAAAGCUUAUAGAGUCAUUCAAGACGUAUAAACAAGUCCUCUCGGAGGAUUCUGUGAUGGACCACUUUAGAAACAUAAUAAACAAGGCAAAGAAGUUUGCAAAACCAGAACUUAAAUCGUGCAUUGAGGAAUUUGAGGAUAAGCUGAAUAAGUUACACUUGGAAAAGAAGGAACAAGAAGUGACAGCGAGAAAUGCCGAAAUUCAUAAGCAGAAGAUCAGCAGCAUGGAAGGUUUUGGGGAUACCGGGAAAGGUGGUGACGCGAGUUCAGAAUCUGAUAUUACCGAAGGUGUAGAAACCGACGGCGAAGUCAUUGAUUCAUGUGUCGAAGGGAUGACUGAGCAUGUGAAUGACGUCUCAAAAUCUGUAUCGUCUGAGUCAGAAGAACAUUCUGGUGCUUCGAGUGAGUUGACAGAAUCAGAACCAGGUGAUGUCGAAGUUCAAUCAGCAAAAACUAACAUAAGAGGAGCGUCGAAAUCGAAAGCCAAGAAAAGCAACAUGAAAGAGAAGGAUGAACAAAGUAAGAUUUCUGCAUCCACAAGGAAAAGUAUGAGGUCAAAGCAAAGGUAAGAGUUGUAAAGAGUGGGUUGGGGUUAAUCACUUUUGGCGAGUAGAAGCAAGAAUCUGUUUUGCGGCUGAGUUGCUUCAAGUGUUUGUAAUGUUUAAGGGUAAUAUUUUGACUGCUUUUUACCACAAUCAAGAAGAAAAACUGAAACCAAAUAUUGUAUUGGUUUAAGGAGAAGAGUUAUCCAAGUGGAGACUUGAUUUUUGGUACGACCCAAGCUACAUUUGUUUUGCUUGUAAAGCUUUUGUUUAGUUAUGUAGUCCUGUCUCAAUUAACACUGCUAGUUCUACUCUUAUUUAGAUGAUUUAA